AUGGCCAAGCUCCUGAAGAAGCCCCUGAAGCUCGCCCUCGUUCAGCUGGCCACGGGGAAGGACAAGGCCGCCAACCUUGCCCGCGCUCGAUCCAAGGUGCUCGAAGCCACGUCCAAGGGCGCCAACAUUGUCGUGCUGCCAGAGUGCUUCAACAGCCCCUACGGCACCAACUACUUUGCGCAAUAUGCCGAGACGCUCUUGCCUUCCCCGCCAACCAAAGAGCAGUCGCCCUCCUUCCACGCACUUUCCGAGCUAGCAAAAGAGGCCAAGGCCUAUCUGGUGGGGGGUAGCAUACCCGAGUACUGGGAGGAGUCCAAGAAACAUUACAACACAUCAUUGGUCUUCGACCCGAGCGGCAAGCUGCUGGAUAGUCACCGGAAGGUGCAUCUGUUCGACAUCGACAUCCCGGGCAAGAUCUCCUUCCACGAGAGUGAGGUGCUGUCUCCCGGCAACAAGGUCACCAUCAUUGACCUGCCUGAGUACGGCAAGAUCGCGGUGGCUAUCUGCUAUGACAUUCGCUUCCCGGAGCUUGCCAUGAUUGCUGCGAGGAAGGACGCAUUUCUGCUGCUUUACCCAGGCGCAUUCAACCUGACCACGGGUGCAAUGCAUUGGGAGCUGCAAGCACGCGCCCGCGCCAUGGACAACGAGGUGUAUGUUGGACUGUGCAGCCCAGCACGAGACAUGGACGCCGACUACAACGCGUGGGGUCAUUCCAUGCUUGUCAAUCCCAAUGCUUCCAUUCAGUCUGAACUUGACGAGCACGAAGGCAUCGCAUAUGCCGAUCUUGAUGGAGACACACUUGCUGAGACACGCAAGAACAUUCCAAUCUAUGGUCAGCGCAGAUUCGACGUGUAUCCAGAUGUCAGUGCUGGAAAGGUCAAGUACGAGGAGUAA